AUGACUAGCUGCUACCUAUGCAAAAAUAGCAAGAGCAAGGAGUAUACAGUGCGCGGCUUCUUCGAUAAGUCUAAACUCUAGGGACAGUAUAAAGAAAUUCCUGAGGAAGUCGAUGUGCAUAUUUCAUGCUCACUUUUAUUCAAAGAUACCCGUCUUUUAUAGGUAAAUGGAAAUUGGGAAGUGAGAGGUUUAGAAGAAAUUCUUAAACAUCAAGUUUUCUCUUGUUAAAAUUGUAAAUAAUCCUUUGAUUGGAGAUCUAGACCAUUCAUCAUUAAUUGUCAUUAUAACGAGUGUUUGGAGAUGGGUUGUAUCUAAAAGAAGAAUAGAUGUUCGAAACAUCAUUGUGCGUUUCCUUUAGAUUUAAGAUGCAUAUAUGAAAUGCAAGUAUACGACAUCUUUUUAGAAAGUGAAGAAAUUCCAUGCAAACUAAAGUUUUUAUGUUUUAAGCACACGCAAAAAAGAGUAGGAGGAGGUUUUAAUAUUCUCUAAAUACAAGAACAAAUAAUGCAAAAAGUUUUUUAAAAUUCUUAAAAUCCAUAGCCAUAAAGUUAGUUUAAUUAUCAGGUUAAAUAGCCAAUUCAUCAGCCUAAUCACCUUAAAAGCGGUGAGCAUUUGUUAGGCUAAAAGUACGAUUAGAAUGCAUACAAUUAAAAUCAAGGAUAACAUUAUAAUUAGUAAAAAUAGCAAGCAAUUUAAGCAUAUGGGAAUAGUAAUGUGAAUCAAAAUAAGCAAUAGUUCAAUUAGGGAGAAAUGUAGGGAUAUCAACCUUAAAUUAUAUAGCAAUUUCCAGCUGCUCCUCAAACCUAAAACCCUUAAUAGUAUGUUAAGAAUAGCUCAAAUUAGCAAAAAUUAGUUUAGACAUCAUAACCGAUUAGCAAUCCUUAAUUUUCCUAGCAUCAGUAGUAGAAAUUGAAUUAGGAGUAUUCAAAUAAUUAGCAAUAGACAUACUAAUAGUACGAUCUUUAAGGGCGCCCUGUUUAAAUACCACCUCCUUCUCCUCGUAUGACUUAUUAAGGGGGUAAUUAAAUUCCAAACAAUAAUUAAGCAUAUGAUUAAAAUUCAGUAAUCCCACCUACUCAACAAACCACUGUGGGGGAAGUAGCACAGUACAAUUCUUAGAACUCAGCAAUACCUCCAGUUUAGGAUCCUUAUUAUUAGCAUUCAGCAGGAGAUUAGUAAAAAGUUACAUCGGUAGUUCCUUAAACUUAGCCAGUUGGUCAAUAUCCUAAAAAUUAAUAAGCUUAUAGAUAAUGGGAUUCUAAUUCUUAAUAAUAUUAGUAAUAAUCAGCGACAUACAACCCUUAAAAUCCAAAGGUUCAGUAUUCUAGUUAGCCUAAUAAUCCAACAAUUCAACCAAUUUAAUAGUAAAAUCAAGGUAUUUACAAAUAAACAUCAAAUGUAAAUUAAUAAGGGUUUAAUGAAGAUCCCAUGCAACCUGUUAACUAAUUUAAUUAACCAAAAUAAUUUUAAGGAGUCUAACCAAUAAAUUAAGAUUAUAAUAAUGGUUAGAAUGCUUAUAAUUUGCAUCAAAAUCAAUCAACUCAAAGAGGAUUUACCAGCAAUUAUCAAAGUGCUCAGUUUGCAGAUGUUGGUGGAUAUAAUAAUAUGUAUAAUAACGACAAUUAUGGUAAUUAAAAUAGCUACGAAAGAUAGGAUAAUUUACAGUAAAAUAAUUAGCAAGUUGGUACUGCUAUUGAUCCUGUUCAAACUCAUGAUAAUACAUACAGUUUCACAAGCAAUAACCCACCUGCUAGAUUAAAUAAAUAAACUACUUAGGAAUAUUAGGCGAAUACAUAAAACAGCAAUACACCAGCAUAAACAUUUAUUACGAAUUCAACUGGAAGAAAAAUUAUGCAUCCUAAUGUUGAUACCAAUCCAAAUGGCAUAAGUGUUGAUAUUACUGAUCAAAUAAAAUUAAAACAACUCUAAUAGCAGAGCAGAAAAGCCUAAGAUUAAUAGCAAGCAGUGCAAAGUUAAUAAGGUUAUGCAGAUAACUUGACUGAUAAUUCACAGUAUCAAAAAACAAAUUCUACUAUAUAAUCUACCCCUGGAUUAGCCCCACUUCAAGCUUAAGCUCCUCCUACUAACGGUGAUUUUAGAAACUUAAAUCAAUAAUAAAAUGCUUAGCCAGCAACUUCUAAUAAAUUCAAUUAGAAGUAACAGCAUUAUUAUUAAAAUUAAAACUACCCAAACAGUAAUUAAUACUAGUAAGGAAUGGCCUAAAAUUAGCAGGUUCCAUAUUAAAAUAAUUAGGGAUUCAGUAAUUAAAAUUACUAAAAUUAAUAGUUUUAAAGUGUACCUAAUUAGAAUUUCAACAAUUAAGGAAUGAACCAAUAGAUUCCUAAUUAGAACGUUUAACAAAAUUACGUAAAUAAUAAUAAGAAUAAUUAAUAAAAUAAUAACUUCUCUUAUGGAGUUUAAGGAAAUGGAUCUUUUGCACCUAUUUAAGAAAAGCCUCGAGUUAACUUACCACCUCAAAGAGAAAGGUCUUAGUAGAGUGCACAGAGUUUUCCCUAAAACGAUCAAGGAAAUUUUAGUGUACCUAUGUACAGAAGGCCUUCAUAAUAGCAAUAAUUUAUUCCUUAAAAUUAGUAGCCUUCACUAAUUCCUCAUACUUUAUCUAAUUAACAAUAGCUAAUAAAUGAUAACGCACUACCACAAUUCAAUUAGAGUGGAUAGUAAAAUGGAACUUUGCAAGCUUAAGAAAACGAUAAUUAAAUGAAUAUUGAAGAACCAAAUAUUCAACCUAAAUUUAUUGUUUAGGAACCUGUGGCAGCAGUGGUUGCAGCACCUGAAACAAAAAAAAGAGGUGGAAAAAGAGGUAAAAAAGAUACUGAACCUUAAAACGAAGUAGCAAAGACAAAUGACAUUCCUUUAAAGCAUACUAAAUCAGCCUAAAAGAAAAUGGAUAAAAAGAAAGGUAAAAAGUAAACUGCUAUGGAAUAGGAAGAAGAGGAAGUAGUAGGUCAAAGUAAUCAAUAAACUCAUACCUAAUAAAUGAAAGAUGAAUCUUCAACUUUAUAGCAGAAUUAGAAUUAAAUAUAAGAAAAUAACUCUCAAAAUAUUCAAAACAACAAUAAUCCCUAGUAGUAAUUUGGAUCAGAAAAUAACAUAGCUAACAAAAUGGAAAGCUAAGAGAGUCUAGACUUCAAGAGCUAAACUUCUUUAGGAAUCUAAGUUUAAAGAUAAAAUCUGCAAAUUUAGAAGGAUUAAAAAUUCAAUUAAGCUUAGUAUCAAUAGCAUGUUUAAAAUAUUUAGUAAAAUCCAUCUAAGGCCAAUCAAUUUUAACCACCACCAUAGUAACUUACACAUCCUUAGCCUUCAUAAAAUAUUAUUCAUCCCCCACCUUUGAGUAAGCAAUCUUCUAUGCAAUCACUACCUCCUGUUUUAGAAAAUCCAUAAAACCCUAUUUUCGAACAUCAAUAAUAAAUUUAAAACAAUUAGCUUCCUAGACAUCCUUCUGGCAGUGUUUAACCUAGCAAUAUUGCUGCUUAGUAAAUGAACAGGCCAUAAAACGUCUAACCUUUCAAGUAGUAAAUAAGACCUCAUUAAGCUCUUAAAAAGAAAUCAGGCCCCUUGAUUAAUGACUCUUACAAACCAUUUUUUGUAGAAUUAGUAGAAGUGCAACAUUAAAUUUAAUAAUAUUAAUACCAUGAAAGAAUGGUUUAUCAAUAGCAAUAAUAAUAAAUGAUGAUGAGACAGCAUUAGAUUGUUCAAGGCUAAAUUUUGUAGAAUCAAAAUUUUAUGAAUAAGUAAAUUAAAUUAUCAUAAAAUCCAGGCUCUUAAAACUAUGGCUAAAUGGCACCUCAACCUCAAUUAAGCAGUUAAAAUUCGGGGAAAUUUGGUUAAUAGAAUGUACCCUUUUUAAAUCAAAACCCUUCAUAAGCUUAGUAACCUUAAAUAUAGGUUAUCCCCCCUACACAUCCUACACAUCAAUAGUAGCAGCCUCCAUACCAAAAAGUAAGCUAGAACGUCUAAUAAAAUCUAGUAAAUGGUACUAAUAACCAACAAAUUGUUUAGGGACAAUUAAAUUAAAAUUAGAAAGUUAAUUCCCAAAAUCCAGCUCAUCAUCUUCAUCAACAAUAAUAUCCUUAAGGAAAUCUUGUUUAACCGGCCAGUUAAGAUUUUAAGAAUGAUAUCGGGAGUUAUCAUCCUUAAAAUUAAAAUCAAGGUGAUAUUUCUAAGGUUCCAACAGAAUAAAAAGACUAUCGUUAAUAAUUCAGUAAUUAAAAUUUUGCUUUAGAAAAUUUACAUGAAGCUCCACUUAAAUAAAACUAACCUAUAUAAUAAAACUCUUAUCAACAUCACCCAUUUCCACAACCUCAUUAAAAAAAUAAUGAACUCACAAAUUAUAAUAAUAAUUAUAUAUAAAAUCCAGCACAAAAUACCAACCUUCCUUAUCCUAAUUAGUUCUAAUAAGGCGGAGGUGGAUAAUUAUAAUCCAAUUUAUAUAGAGAUUAAAAAAAUUAAGAUUUCAAUAAUAGUAAUAAAAAAUACUCUAAUAAUUAGAUAAACACAGGCACCGUAGUUACAAACAAUCUAAAUCAUUCUUUCAACCCUACAUAAAAUAAUUAAUAUUAUUCUUAAUAAUCAAACUAAUUUUCUUAGCAAUAAUACAAUUUGGAAAAACAGAACAGUAUCUAAUCAUUAUAAUAAUAAAGAAGUAUCUCAUCUUAAUAGUAAUCUUAUAAUUAAUAAAUUUCCUCAUAAUAAAAUUUGGCUGUUCCUUCAAAUAGUCAUCCAAGUAUCGACUAGUUCGAUUCAAAUAAUAUGAUAAAAUCCAAUAAUAUAAGCAAUCUAUAUCAUAAUUAAGGAGCUCCAUUUAGGAAUCCUUCAGGAGCAAAUUUAGCGUUGAAUGCUACUGUUCAACAGACUUCUUAAACUCAAAUUUCAGCUUAAUAAAAUCAUGGAGUAUAAAAUAGACAUUCUUCAAUAUAAUCUUCUGAAUAAUUGUUUUAAGGUCCUAGCAAUACAAAUCUAAAUUUAUAAACUCUUACUAGCUUAAAAACGUUAAAACAAAUUGAUGAAAAUGUAGAAAAUAUUAGAGAAGAGGAUCUUUUUCGUGAAGAAAUGACUGAAUCAGAAGAAAGCUUUUGGGAUUACUGUUCACCUGAAAAUUAUUAGCAUUUGUUACCUCAACAUUAAUCUAGUCAAAAUAACUAGUAGUCGUCUUCAAGAAAUAAAUCUAAGCUAGGAGGUAUAUUUAAUAAUUAAGGUGCAGCUCAAACUCAGUAAAAGUAGACUAAAAAGGGAUAAGCAGCUAAUCUAAGUAGCUAAAACUUACAAAAAGAAAAAGAUCCUUAUUUUGGUAUUGAUCCAGCUAAACUAAUUGUUAAAAAUUUUCCUUAAGGUGAAGAUGAAGAAUCUGUUUUUCAAUGGUGGGAUUAAAUAGAUGAAGUUUAUUUUCCAAAUAAAAUAAAAGAAGGUUUUUUUAAUAUGCUUGAAAUUGAAAAAUCUAAAAAUAUUUCUGAAAUGCUUUAAAGCCUCGACAUUGUAGAAGUAGAUGAAAACGGGUUAACAAAACAUAUUCCUCCUAUUAAAUUAAUCUAGUAGAUAUAAAGCGGAGUAACAGAGAAUUCCUCAUUAUAUUAUUUAAUAGCUAAGGAUUAUUAUGACGAAGAGCCUGUUCCAUUUAAACAUCCAAAUUACUUUAGUGUUUUAUUUUACAAUUAGUUAAAUAGCAACGACUAUACAGGAAGUGAUAAUUAAGAUAAUUCAUCUCUUCUUUUAAAAAGACUCUAGUAGCCUAAUAAUGGAAUAUUAGCAGUGUUUAAAUUAAAAAUGUAUGAUAAAAAAAGACCUUUGACUUGUGAAGAUAAAAAUAUAUUUGAUAAAUUAGUAUCUAAAAUAGAAAUAGUACCUUAAAAUAGUAAACCAAAAAUUGAAGAUAUUUUUUAGAAAUUAGAUUAUUCACUCUAAAUAUAAAAUUCGACUGAAAAGUAAGAACAUAAUAAAAAUAAAAAAUAUAGUAAAUAAAAUAAAGAUAAACAGGAUUUAAGCAAAUAUGAACCUGAAUUAUGUAAACAAUUUAUAGGAAAUAAUUAAAUUAUUCCAAUACAAUAAUUAAAGCAAACCACUCCAGCUUAAAAUUCAAAUGAUUUUUUAUUUGAUAAAAAUAAAAUAACAAUCAAGCUAAAAAAAUUGAUAAGCCUCAAUUCCUCUGCAGUUUACAGCUCAUUUUAAGCAACUAAUUUUCUUAAUAAAUUUUUGAAAAACUAAAAAUCAAAGUAAGAGAAAUUAAAAGAUGAAAAUUCUGAAUAGGAUGAUUCAGAUAGCGAGACAACCAAGGAAUAUCUUUAAGCAUAAAACAAUAACUUAUCUCCUAUUGAAUGCAACAUAUUUGCUUUGGAGUAUGAAUUGACUAAGCUUUAAACCCAUCAGUAAUUAAAUCAACUUAAAGAAAAUGUUUUUAAAAAUUCUAAGUAAGAAGGCAAUUACUUGGAGUUAAGAGAAUUAUCAGUAAAAAUAAAUGAUAAUCUAAAGUGGUUAACAAUAAGAAAGAACCUGAUAUUGGGAUUCAGUGACAGGCAAAGAUAUGACUCUGAAAAUUAUUUUAAAUAUGAGGCAGAAGAAAAAACAGGUAUAAAUCUUUCUAGAAGUGAAGUUCUCUAAGAGAAAGAAAUGUUAGAAAAAAUGUCUUCAACAGAGAAAGAGAAUUUGAAUUAAUAGCAGCUACUUGCCCGUUAAUUGUAAUCAUUAUAAAGAGCAAAGAGGAAAAAUUAGAAACAAGAAGAAGAAGAGGAUGAAGAAGAUGAUGACUAAGGAGAAGAAAAGUCAUAAUUUAACAAAGAUAAAAAAUAAAGAAGCAAAUAGAAUGAUGAUAAUGAAGACGAAGAAGAAGAUGAUUAUAAUGAUGAAGAUGAAGAUGGUGAUGAAGAGGAAAGCAAUCCCAUUGAGCAUGAAAAUAAGAAAAAGGAAGAGUUAAAAAGAAACUCGAGAAGAAGUAAUCGCAUUAAGAGGAUACUGGAAGAUGAAAAUGCAACCAUUUUAUCAAAUGAGAAUUCAAUUGAUGGUCUAGAAACAGUUUAAGAAAGUGAUAGACUCGAGUCUCCUUCAGUUAAUAGAAAUAAAGAUAUUGAUGAUAUUGAAAGCGAUUAAAGAAAAGUAGACUAAAAAAAUAAGAUUUCUGCUUCUAGCAAUAACAAAAAGAAGAAAAAAUAAAAACAAAAGAAUAAAAGUAAAUUUUUGGAAAUCGAUUGUAGCGUUUGCUUUCAUCAUGUUAAUAAUGAGAAUAACACUGUUGUUUACUGCUCGUAAUGCAGUGGUAGUUUUCAUAAGCACUGCUAUGGCAUAGAUUUUAUACCAGAAGAGAAAUUUUUGUGCAGAAAAUGUGAAAUUAAAAAUUAAUAAAUUAUGAAAAAGAAAAAUACAAACAGUUGUUAAAAAUAACCUCUAAAAGAAGAGGUUUCCAAGCAAUUUCAUUGUAAACUAUGUACUGAGACUCUCUUACCAGUUAUAUCUAUCUUUGAUGACUCUUAUUUCUAUCAUCCUACUUGCCUCUUCUUGUUUAAUUAUGCAAUCUAUAAAGAUUAAAGAUUGUAAUUAAGAGACACUGUGACUCAUACAUCAAUAUCUGAUGAUGUUAAGAAAUAAAAUCAUAUAGCUUGUGAGUUUUGUCAUUCUAAAAAAGGUUUAAAGGUCAAAUGUUGUCACUUUGGUAAACCACGCAAGUCUUUUGAAAAAAUUCACACACUUUAAAAAUAAAAAUUGUAUAAAAAAAGAAACUGUUAAUAGAGCUAAGUUAUUGAUAGCAAGUAAGAAUUUUAAGAUUUAGAAAAAGAGAGUGAAAAUGGUAACCUGAUGUUAGCAGAAGUGAAAGAACUAACUGAGAUUAGCUCAGAAAAGAAAUAAAAUGAAAUAAAAGAGGAAGAUCUUGAAAAAAGCUGCUAAAUAAAGGAAGAAAAUGAUAUAAUUAAAUAAGAAGAAAGCUAAGAUGAAGAAGUAGAGUAUUCUAUUAGCGGAGAAUAUGAAGAGGAUGAGCUACUUGAUGAAGAAGAUGAAGAUUAUGAAGACUUAGGAUGCAAUUACUAUAUUCACCCCCUUUGUGCCUUUCUUAACGGAUUUGAGGUAUGGCUCGAUAGUAGGGAGGAAGAUACUGAAUGUGAAAAAACAAUAGUUGAUAGUGACUUUUAGAAUUUGUAGCACCUAGGCUUGAAAAUUUUCUUCAAGUGCAAAGAACAUGCAGAUAGAAAGAAUAGAAACUAUGAUGAAUAAGUUUAUUAUAGAAGGUACCAAAUAAAUUAUCGUAACAUAUGCUAAUAUACUACGUUUUAAGAGUAUCAAUAAUCAAUAACCAAAUAGAGAACUUAGGAGGAAGAAUAGUGGAAUGAAAUAGCUAAUUUAGCAAAAGAAUACAUGGAAAAUUAUAAGUAUUAUACUAAAAUAAAAUUAAAUAGGAAAGAGAUAGAAAUAAGUUACUAACAAUAAGAACAAUUUUACCAAUAAAAUCCCAAUCUCAAAGAAUAACUUCAUCAACUUGAAAUAGAAGAAAUGGAAGAAGAAGCUGCAGAGUAGAAAGAAUAAGAACAUUUAAUGCUAGUCAACUAACAAAAUCUAUAAAAUCACCAUAGCUUGUAGAAUGUUGAGGACUUUUAUGAAGAUGAAAAUAUUGCCAAUACAAACAACAUGAUUGAAGAAGGCAAUUCUUUGGAUGAUAUUGAUAAUAGAAAUGUAUUAGAGGAAGAACUGGAUGAUGAAUAUGAUGAUGAGGAAGAGAACUCUUAAUAUAAGAGAAGAUCGAGAAGGAAUCUAUCAAGAAAUUAAUAGCAACAUAAUUAAUUAAGUGGUAAAAAGAGCAAUUAGGAUAUUCAAGAUGAUUACUAAGACUAGAUUGAAAAUGAAUAUUCAUAAGAUGAUACAAAGAAAGAAGUAAAUAGAAGAAGGGUUUUGAAUUAGAAGAAAGGUUAGUAAAAAGCAAGUCUUAUUUCUUAAUCUUCGCUUAGUGGAGGAACUGGAGAGACAAGCAAAAAUAGACGUAGCAGUAGGAGAUUAGUGAAUAAUAACUAGAAGGGAAAAAGCUAGUAUUCCAGCUUCUUAAAUGCAGAUGAAGAAGAAGAAAAUUAAGAUUCCUCAUAUAACUAAGGUUACUCAAGCUUCGAAAAUACACUAAACAAAAUAAAUUUAAAAGAAUUUAGCAACAGUUAGCCAAUUACUUAAGAUAAACAUACAAAUCAACAACAAUCAUCCUUACAAGCACUAACUUAAAUUAUUUCUGAGAAAAAACAAAGCACAAAUAUUGAAUAAGAAGAAGAGUUUAAAGGCAUAUCUAAGAAAGAUUAAAAAUAAAGCUAACCAAAGUAAAAAGGAAAGAAAGGUUUAACAAGUAAAUAUAAUGAUGAUGAUGAAGAAGAUCAUGAGGAUGAAGAAUUUGGUAUAGAAAAUGAGUCAUAGGAUGAAUUUGAUGACGAUGAUUUUGAUGAAGAAGAUGCUGAUGACUAAAAGUAUGCCUAAAAGAGAGGAAUAGGAAAAUUUGGAAGAAAUAAAAGGACCAAGCCAAGAAGGAAUUAAUAGAAAUACAAUUAAAAUGAACAGUCUUCCUCUUCUUUAGAAAACAUGUAACAAAUUUCAAACUCAAGAGGUGCAUCUCCUCCUAAUAAAUAAAAUGGAGCUUUAACAAAUAAUCAAGAAAUUUAAAAGGUCCUUAGUACUGCUAGGAGUCUUGCUAAAAAUGGCAAAAUAGGGAAAGGCACAAGCAUUUUUGCGGCUCAGAAUAAAAAGAAAAAAGUAUAAAAAAAAAUAGGAUCAAGGAAUUCACUAUUAUCAGUAGAAAACGAUGAAGAGGAAGAAUAGAUAAAUGAAAUUGAAAUAAAUAAAGAAAUUUAAUAGUAAGAUUAGUGUAACCCUGAAGUAAAUACUGAGAUAAUUCAAGAAAAUAAUUGUUAGGUUAAUCAAGAGGAUGAAUUAACACGUAACUAAGAAUAGCAAUUUAUAGUAGAGUAAUAGUAAAAAUUACAAGUACAGACAGAAACUGAUCAUGUUUAAAAUAAACCGUAAGUAGAUGAAAAAGAAGAAUAGCAAAUUACAAAUGAAAACACCCAAAAUUCAAAUUACCUUGAUGUCAAAAUUAAUACAUAACAUUUAAAAAGAUCAAAAAGCCCAUCAGAUAAAAACACUUAAGAGUAGGUUCAAAAGCAAGAUUUAGAAGGCGACAAUCUUAAAUUGUUAGCCUAAAAUUCAGACAAUUAGCAAUAAGCUAAUCAAACCAAAUACAAUUUACGCUAACAAAAAUCCAAAAAUUACAAGCAUAAUUUAAUUAAGGAGGAUAAUGAUUUUGUAUAUGCCUAAGUUGUGAAUAAUUCUUAAUUUAUAAAGUAGCAGCAAAAUGCUUUUUCUUAAUUUGUUAACGAGUAAGGUUAAAAUGAGGAAGAUACAAGCAGUAAUUUGCCUCAAAAUAAUUUGCAAAAUAAAAAAAAAUAAACUUCAUAGACUAACAUCCCACAAGAAGGAACUCCAAAGCAAAAAAAUAAAAAAAAUUCAAAGUAGCCUCCAAGUUCUCAAUAGAAUACAAAUUAAACAAAAAAAGGAUUAGACCCUAGUGAAUAGGAAUAGAAUGAUGAGUCUUUUUCUAGUUGUGUUAAUAACAACUAAUAAGCAAAUAAUUAGAAUGAAUAAAUAGAAAUCACUAACCAAUUUUCUCUGAAUAGUCAACACUCUUACGAAGAAACUCACUCAAACGAAUAAAAACUAACAGUCAAAGGAAAAAUAAAUAAGAAAAAGCAAACUAAGGCUUAGACUUCUUCAUAAAAUUCAAGGUAAAAUAGGAAAGCUAAUAAUCGAAACAAAGGAUAAGCACAUGAAUAAGAACACGUCUAAACAACAAAAGUUAACGAUACUGCUACUCCACUCUUAGACCACCAUAAUAAUCAAAAAUAUGUCUAAAGUUAAAAGAAUUUUUAAAUAAACAAUCCUAAUGAAAGCUAAGAGCUGCUUGAUUUUGAUUAGUUUGAAUAAAAAGACUAGAUACUAAAUCCUAAUAACCUUAAAUACAACUGA